AUGUCGCUACUACACUCGCGCGCACGGCAGCUACAACGACUCGGGUUAGCUGCACGUACGCAGAACAACAGCUUUAACGGUGAGAGGGCACAGUAUGACUCCAACUACCUACUGGAGGACGACUUUAGCUGGGAGGACGCUUUCCGGUACGUAUUGGCAGAAGUUGGCGUGGUGUCGUGA